GGUGUUUUCCCCUAUGACCUACUUUCAUUUUGAUGGUUAAAUUUAGAAGAUUAGUAUGGCUCAGAAUACAAAGAAAAUAUCUAUUGUUGGAAGUGGUCUGAUUGGUCAGAACUGGUCCAUGAUAUUUGCCGGAGCAGGAUACAAUGUGUGUUUAUUUGAUGUGGACCCCGCUCAGCUGGAGAGAGCUAAGUCUAAUAUCAGUAGCACAUUACAAAGGUAUGAGAAGGAUGGUUUGAUGAGGGGUACAGGCACAGCAAUAGAACAGUCUACAAGAGUAUCAACCUCUACUUCAUUAGAAGAGUGUCUUAAUAGUACAUUUUAUGUCCAGGAAUGUGUUCCAGAAAAUUUGGAAUUAAAGACCAAAGUGUUUGCCCAGAUAGACAAAGUUAUUGGUGACGAUGUUAUAGUGGCCAGUUCCAGCAGCUGUCUGGUGGCAUCCUCAUUUACAGAGAAGUGUAACCAUAGAGACCAUAUGCUUGUGGCACACCCUAUUAAUCCUCCAUAUUUUAUUCCACUUGUUGAAAUGGUUCCUGCACCAUGGACAAAACCAGAAGUCAUGACAACAACAAGGACAUUAAUGGAAGAAAUAGGACAAUCCCCAGUAUCAUUAAAAAGAGAGUGUCCAGGCUUUGCUCUCAACAGAUUACAAUAUGCUUGUAUCAAUGAGGCUUGGAAUAUGUAUCAGAGUGGUCUUUUAAGUGCAGAGGAUAUAGACAAAGUAUGCUAUGAUGGAUUAGGUCCUAGAUAUGCUUUCAUAGGACCAUUAGAAACAAUGCAUUUAAAUGCUGAUGGAAUAGUUGAUUACUGUAAGAGAUAUGCAGAAGGUGCUGUAGAUGUACAAAACAAAACAUUCAAACCAAUCCCUACCUUGUAUGAUGUUCCAACAGCAGAGAAAAUACAGUCAGAAUACAAUACAACAAUGCCAUUGGAUAAAAUACAAAAUAAGCGACAAUGGAGAGACAAUAGAUUAGCAGCUUUAGCAAAGUUAAAAAAAGAAAUGGGCAAAAACGAUUGAUAAAAAUAAUUUAUUGAAAAUUAUAUUUAAGAUUUAAAUCAGUACGGGUGAUAUUUUCAAAACAAGUUUAUGAAUUAUUGAAAGAAAUGAAAUAAAAAAUAAGUGUAUGUGA